GAAACCAAUUUGUAAAAUAAUCCUCUAGAAAUAAUAGUGAAUAAUUUCAAGAUAUUAAGUACAACUAAAUGAAGGGUUUGGUAGAAUAUAUUAUUUCAUUAGUGUGAAUAGCUAAUUAUACAAGUCUAUUCUUUUCUUAUUCAUGGCGCAUGUCCCAAGAUGCAGUGAAGGGCUCGGACGGUCACGGGCUGAGCAGGGAGGAUGCCGUGGUCAGCCUGGACCCUCUGGGCCAAGGAGCCGAUACAGUGCCGUGUUACUCGGUGACAGUCAAAAGCUCAAAGUAAAUAGUUCAUGGAGUUUUGCCGAAGUUGUAUCUAACUCAGCGCGGUGUCGCCAUGUUCUGAAACUCUUUGCCUCUCUCAGUACUUCAACAUUUCUUUGUGAGCCACUUCAGUCGGCACGACAAUCCCGGCGCCAUUCUGCUGUUUUGCGUUCGACGUCGUAUUUACCGUUUAUUCAUUAUUUAUUAUUAACAUGUACUCGCGUCUCAGGCGAGCAAAGGAUUUCACUGCAGCCUGCUGUAUAAAGUCAGUAAACUAAUCUGAAUGGCUGUGCCUGAAUGGAAGGAGUUCAAAACAUUUCGAUUGUUGUUUCCUCAUCUCGCGACCUGUCCCCCGGUUUCAAAAAUCUUCAAUACCUUGGAGAAGAUUUAGAGCGCAAAGGAAUGGCUGAAGUAGAACUAUUUCCUUCUGUUCUGACAGGAUUGGUUGAGCGGGGCUGGCCACACGAACAAUCUUCGUGCCAACAUACCGGGGUUUGGAUGUGAGCAGAGGUCAAUGCCGGCGUCUCAUUGCCUUUUACUGACUGCUUACGGCCCACUCGCUCUGGACAACAUGGAGUUCUCGGCUCUCCCCCUGCCCUUGUUCAAACUCUUCGACAGGUUCACGGCGCUGGCCGUGUUCUGCACCGUCUUUUGCCUGGUCUUUGACUUCAUGAAGAGGCGCAAGGCGUGUGGGAACUACCCUCCCGGGCCCCGGGGCUUACCCUUCGUCGGGAACAUCCUGCAGGUGGAUCUGAGCAACCCUCACCUGUCAUUCGCAAAGCUGUGGAAGAAGUACGGCGAUGUGGUGAGUUUAGAGUUUGGAUGGACAAACCUGGUGGUGUUGAGUGGCUACAAGACCCUGAAAGAGGCUCUGGUGAAGAAAUCGGAAGAUUUUGCUGACCGGCCAUCCUUUCCGAUAUAUGAGAAGUUCUUUCAGCGGAGCGGGGAAGGUGAGGAUAUGGAUGUAGUGCAGACCUCCAAGUACCUGAAUGACAGACUUGUGUGGAGCACCAACAGAGAGGCUGUGUACAAGAAGGAGCACUAUAUGAGUAGUUCGACUGGGUCAAGUUUCCAGGUAUCGAAUCUGAUCGGUACAGUCUUUGACCUUUUUGCUGCUGGUACAGAGACCACCUCGACCACUCUACGCUGGGGUUUUCUCUUCAUGGUGCUCCAUCCAGACAUACAGUUCACUGACUUCCCAGCUGGUGUCUCUGCCCGUCUCCACAUCUCAGGCUCUGCAGGGCUGCUCUCCGAAGGAACGCAGAUUAUUCCAAACCUUACCUCGGCCUUGUUUGACGAAGACUUGUGGUCGACUCCGUAUCAGUUCAAUCCAGGACACUUCCUCAACACAGAGGGCAAGUUUGUGAAGCCAGAGGCCUUCAUCACAUUCUCUGCAGGUCAUCGUGCGUGUUUGGGGGAGCAGCUGGCAAAGACAGAGCUCUUCAUCUUCUUCACGUCCAUGCUCCAAAGAUUCACGUUGUUUCUCCCGGAAAAUGAGCCAAGACCAAGCUACAAGGAGGCUCGAUUUGGAAUUACUCUCUGCCCACUGCCCUAUCGGCUCUGUGUUAAAGUCAGAUAA